AUGGAUUAAUCUGAAUAUGGAGAAAUCGAAGUUGAAAUCCCAACUAAUGAAGAAAUCAAUUAUGAGGAAGAUUUAAUGGGAGAAGAUGAUCAACAAAUGCCCAACAAUCAACAACUAAAAAAAGAGUAGGACAAAAAUCCAAUUUCAAAUUAGAGAGCUCACACACCUAACCCACCUGAGGAGGAGGAGGAAGGUGAAGUCUAUGAGUAUGAAGACUAGAGUGAGGAAAUAGGGGAUGAUAAUAACAAUGAAGAAGAUGUAGAAUAAGAAGUAGAUGAGUAAGUCCCAGAGGAUAAUGAUGAUUAAUAUAACGAGGAGGAAAAUGAAGAAGAGCAAUAGAAUGAAGAUUACGACCAGAAUGAGUAUGAACAAAAUAAUGAGGAGUUUGAUAAAGACGAGGAGGCUGAUUUACCUAAAAAUAACCAAUAAAACAAAGAAGUUAAAGUUAAUAAGAAUAAUCAAUCCAAUUAACCAGCUCCUAUAAUAGAACCUCCAAUCUAAAAGAAGAGACCUCCUUUGCCCACUUAGCCUAUGAAGUAGAAACCCACCUAUUAGGAGAAAUAUGCUGAGUUUAUGGCUCCAUAAGACUACUCAAAUUGGAAACCAAAACAGUUGCACGAUGAAAAUAAACAACUCAGAUAAAAACUUAAAGAAAUCUCUGAUGAAGUAAGCAAAUUAGUGGAACAGAAUGCUCAGCGUCUGGCUCCACAACCACAGCCACAGCCAUAAUUGAAGAGGUAAAAGACAGCCUAAUCUCAAAUCUCAGGCGGAACUGUUAUUGAUAAGGAGAUUGAAAUAAAUCAAAAAAAGUUAGAUUAGCAAGAGGAGGAGAUUAAUAAAUUGAACAAUAGAUUAUAAUAGAUAUAACAAUUCAAUUAUAUAACUAAGUUAGAGGAUGAAAUUAAGAAGUAUGAGGAAGAUAUGAAGAAGUUGGAGCAAAGAAAAAAGUAAGAGUAUUUGUAACAGAAGCAACGAGGUAGAGAUCUUGAUAAGUACGAGAAUUAAGACGGCUUUGAUAAAUUGAAUAAGGAGAGAAACAGUCUUAAUCAUGAGAUAGCUAAUUUGAGGAAGAAGAUUAAGGAAUAAUAGGAUUAGUUGUUGAAGUAGAAGGAGAACAUCAGGAAUACUUAAGAAGAGGAGCUACCAAAAAUUAAUAAGGAGUUGAAGCUUUUGGAGGAAGAAGCUGAAAAGUAUAAAAUCGAUGUAGGUGCUGAGAAACCUUUCAGUAAAUAGAAGGAAGUAUAUUAUCAGCUUUUGACUCAAAAGGAGAAUUUGUUGAAACAUAAUCUUAUUCUGGAAAAGAAGGAUAAGUAAUUGGAAAUGAUAGAGAAGGAAAUCAAAGAAUUGAAAAAGGAAAAAGACUUCAUCGAUUAAGAAAUUAAUUCAAAUGAAAUGAUUUUGAUUGAUUAGAGAAGAUUGAAAGAAGAAUUAAAGAUUAAAGUAACACCUGAAAAACUUAAAUAAAUUCCUGCAACAAUGACACAAUAAAAUAUUUCUGAAACCUUAUUAAAUGAAAAGAAAGCAAAGGAAAAUCAACGAAAAUUAUAAAGUGCAAAGCCUCCUAUUUCUAAAUAAUAACAAGAUUAAAGUAGUCAUAAAGAAUUACGAAUACCAGUUAAGCAAGAUGAAAAACCAUAAUAAAUGACAUCAAAGAAUGAAGUGGAAGAGGAGAUAAUAUGUGAAGAUGAAACUGAAAUAAAAUAAUAACCAAUUAAAUAGGAAGAAAAAAAAUAAAUUCAAACAUCAUAAUCAACUCCAAUAAAAUAAGAUGUUAAUUUAAUAUAAUAAUAAUAAUAAUAAUAAUAAUAAUAAUAAUAAUUUUAAUCUCCUAAUCAACCAAAUAAAUUAAAUUCAAAACCAUUUAGCAAUAUUAAAAAAUCUGUUGAUCAAUAACCUUCUGCAGAUCUAGGUCUCAGUAAUGUAAGUAAUUAAUAAAGUAACACUAGUGACGUUUAAACUGAAUAUACGGGUCCUUCUAGAAUGAUGAGGAUGAUGAAAAAACCAUAAUAAAAUUAAUAAGAAGAAGCCCCUCAAUUCAUAAUUCAUUCUUCUAAACCAGUUGAACAACCUAGAGAUCAUUAGAAAGAAAUCACUGAACAAAAUAAUAAUAAACCCAUCGAACAACCUACUUAAUAUGAAUAACCUAAACCUGUCGAAGAUUAUUAACCUACCUUUCCAAGUAGAAGAGUAAACAAUAGACCGAGAGGGUUAGAUUAUAAUUCAAAUGAAUAAUAAUAAAGUUAGUAAACCGUAGAAUAGCCCAUCUAAAUUGAGUAGAAAUAAGAUUAAACCCAACAAGCUGAAUAUCCCACCAGAAGAAGAAUGAGAGGCAGUUAGGAAGAGUAAUAAGAGCAAAAUAAUGCAUAAUAAUAACCUUAAUAAUAGUCAUAAUAACAAUCCCUAUCAUCAUAACAAUAAUCCUUAUCCUCUUAAUAAUAACCCUAUCAACCAUCUGAUGAUGGAAAUAGAUAACGAAGAAUUAAACUAUUUACUGACGAAAAGCAACCAGAGGCUCCAAAAACCCAAGAACCUACUUAUGAGUUCUAACCAAAGCAAGAACCAACAAAACUGCAAGGCAGAAGAAAUAGAGGCAAUAACAAAUUAAAUAUUUGGGAAGAUUAACCAGUUUAAAAGGAGAACAUUGAAGAGAUUUAAGAAAUUAAAGAUAUUAAAUAAGUCCCAGAAGUUCAGCAUAAAGAAGAAAGGGAAAAAACUUUGGAUGAAAUUUUGGGAGCUCCAAAACAAUAAGAGGAGUAUAGACCAAAUCAACAAAGAAAAAAAUUUGAAAUUCCUAAAGAUGAUAAUGAGACUUAUGAACCUGGUUUUGGUGGAGGCGGAAAUAAAAGAGGGGCAGGGAAUCAAUAAAAAAUUGACAAGGUAAGAUUGUAAUAAUAAUAUUUUAGGAAAAGGAAUUGGCUUAGAAGGCUGCUAAAGGGGAUCUAUUGGAUGACUUUGACUUUUGAAUUGAAAUUUAU